AUUGUUAAUGUUUAUGUUCCUACAGAGUCCAGGAAACUAAUAAAACUUUCCUACUAUAAUCUGUUUACAGUUGUAUUAACACGACAAUUAACCCAUAAACAAUAAAUGAAGGAAAGUGGCAAUUUCUCUAGUGACAAACGUCGGCCUUAUCGACUUGAAUAAUGGAGCGAGUAGUUAGACUCGCGUCUUCAUCCCGGUAAUUAACGAACCCCCCCUUCCCCCACUUUAUCCCCCCACGCGCACCCAACAGAAUUAAUCACACCAUGAAUCUCGCCCCCCAAUCCUGGGUCGGAUUAAAAAGUUUUAUUGGAGCCCCGAUUGUGACAGCCCGACGCGCCUCGCUUCCGACCUCCCACCAAUCACAGCUCGCUCGCCACGGAAUACCUUCACGCGAUUGGUCGGCGCUUAACGAGCGCCGCCCAUUCUCGCCGCCCGGCCCAGGGCUGUCACACGCCACGUCAGUUGACCGAGGCGCGUCGACCCGUCAGCCGUAUCCCGCGUUACCGGUUGUGAUCCGUUGUGCUACAGCGUGUGAUGUUGUGAGAAUGGAGGAGGAGUCGAUGUCGGGACAUAGUUGUUCGGAGGACGAUAUUAGUGUGGGUCGGCCGUCGCCGGCGCCCUCGCGGUCGCCGUCGCCGCACGACUACUUCAGGCCGCUGAAGCGUUUGAAGAUGUCGGAGCCGGCCGAGGAGAGGCGCGGGGAAGGAGUGAAGAGUUUCAGUAUUUUGGACAUUUUAUCGCACAGCCCGCGGACGCCGGCGAGGAUAGUGAGGCCUUGGGACGGAGCGGCGGCAGGGUUGGAGAGGUUACAGAGGUUGCAGCGGCUCGCAGGGGCUGCGUUGCUGGACGGCGAGCGCUGGCGGCUAGCAGCGCUUGGUCUCCUGCGGCCCCGGGAGGCCACAGAAUGCGACUCGGUGUCGGAGCGGUCUUCCUCGGCCUCGGACUGCUGCUCGGAGCCGCGCCGGCCGCAUCCGCAGAACGCCCCACACACGCCUCUUGAUGCGCUGUUCCACAUGACCAGCAAGACUUUUGAAGCCAACAAUCCUGACAGUGGAGAUGGUCAGUCAAAUCACCUGAACCUGUUCAACUCGAGGCCACAGCCGAAGAAGAAACGAAAAUCGCGAACUGCCUUCACGAAUCACCAGAUCUUCGAGCUGGAAAAACGGUUCCUCUACCAAAAGUACCUCUCGCCUGCAGACAGGGACGAGAUAGCCAGCUCUCUCGGCCUCUCCAACGCCCAAGUCAUCACCUGGUUCCAAAACAGACGAGCAAAGUUGAAGAGAGAUAUGGAGGAACUGAAAAAAGAUGUGGAAAGUGCUAAAGUACUGUCAGCGCAUAAGACCUUUCUAGAAAAUGUCACGGAUUUGGGCAUUUUGAAGAAGAAAGCUAUGAGCAUAGGGGCGAGCGAGGAGGCAGCUACUAACUUGGUAGUGAACGCGUCUAAAUGAAACGAGGCAUCGCGCGCGAUCGCACAGGAGGCGUUGUACGAUCGCCGCGCGCUCGAUUUUUAAAAAUCGAAUGUUCUAUUUGAACGAACUCUAUGGUGAAUUACUUUUUUAAACUAUCGAACUUUUUAAUAGUGACGUUUGAUGUAUCUCCACUAAUGGUUAGUAUGGCGUAAAGUACUUCACUCUCUAGUGUUAGUUGUACAUAGAAUCUGAUAGGUGUAGUCGUAGGUAACUGUACAAAAAACUUAUGAAGAAGCUUCGUUGGAAAUUUAAAUGUGAUAGUUGAUUUUAUUAUUUAAGUACUUAAUAAUUUUAUAGAUAUUCCUAAAUUAUUUAUUGCGGGGUUUGCGUCAACUGGGGCGUGGAUUGCAAUUUCGAAAUUUUAUACUGAAUUAAUUUAUUUCAUGUAUUUUUGUAUUUAUUGAACCAGUACGUGCAAUAUGGAAAUUAUGUUGCAAAACUUCUGCGUGCCAGUGAUGUAAAUCGGAACCUAAAAGUAACAGUGUACAUAAUAGAUAAAUGUGUAGGUUAAGUUUGAAUUCUAAGUACCUUUGUGUAAGAUCUUUCCAGCAAAUUGUGUCUAAAUAAAUUAGUAGACUAAUAAUAUU